AUGCAGUAUCUGAACGCACAAUGCUCAGGGAAGCGCGACCCAACAAAGUUCAUCAAGAAGUCUGAUCUGGUGACCCCCAGGGGCAUUGAUCACGACUAUAAUUUUCUUUCUAGCAUAGAGCGGAACCUCGAAAAAGCUGAGAGGGUCGCUGGAACCACCGCUGAGAGCACUCCUCAAGAUGGUCUGUCCAACAGGGAGCGAAUGGGUGUUCAGUAUGGCAAGCUUGAGAAUGCCGCUGGCGUCAAGAUCAUGCGGGCGCCCAAAGGCAUGAGCAGACAAAAAGAGAAUAAGUCGCACAUGUCUGCUACAAAAAAGGCUACACGGAACAUAGUAUGGACAGUCGAAUGGUUUGACGAGACCAAGAGACGCGUGCUCACCGAGACAUCCUCUACACAAUCGAUCCAAGAUGCACAACCUUUCGUACAACAAGGCAGUGGUGCUAAAAGCAAGAAGAGAAAGCUGAACAACGAGGCUCCUGCCAGCCAAAGUUCUCAAUCAGACCCUCCACACCUACCUCAAAAUGACGUUGCGCCUACUGCACCGGACCAAGACCAGCCAAUCGAGCAGCAUGAAGUCAAUUCUGAGCUUCAGGUCAACAAUGCGGGGCCAGAGGGAGUCACCCCCGGACGAGGAACCCCUGCUACAGAAGAAAAACAACAACCCACCAAAAGACAAGCAGACUUGGCCGAGACGCGUCCUGGAGAUACUCGCACUGAUGGGCAGUCCAUGGGCAGCGGGCAACAUAGGGUUUUUCUGCUGAAGCCCCGCACAAGCACAAACCGCCACGUCCUCAUCCCUCUAGACCCUUCGCAAUCGCUGGGUGAAAGCCUGCACGGCCGUACUAUACUCGAAUUCCCGACUAUUCACGUUUUCCCUGCUGGUAUGGAGAAGCUGCCCGAAGACUACAUGUUGGAGGAAGAAUACGCGAAGCUAGAGGGAGAGCAACAGAGAGAGUUUGAUGAGAUGAUGCAGGAGCUCGAUCCGGAGAUCUUGAAACGGUUGAAAGAAGGUGAGGGGCGCAUGCCAGGGGACAGUAGCGGGGGAGGAGGGGACGAGGAAGUUGAUAGUAAGAGGAUACUAGACGUGCUCAAGCAGGAUCUCGGCGGACGGUUGUAG